UGGAGGGGGUGGCUAUAGCAGUUGGCCUGUCUGUGAUUCGCUGACAUGCGGUCUAAUUGGAUCAAGUAGGAACUUGCUUAGCUGCAUGCUUUGUGCUGAGAUUGGUAGCAGCCUGCAAAGAGAGCAGGGACACACCAUCAGACAGGAAGAGAGACAGAAAGAAAGGCUGCCCUACUCACCAGUUCGAGAGAAAAGAUAGAGAGAGAAGGGUUGAGAGAAGAAAAAGGGGAGUAUCCCAUCUUCUCUGCUGUGCUACUGCAGCACCCCCUUCAUCCUCCCUCCCCCUCUCUCUCUUUCUAUGAUUCUGUUUCUCUCUCUCUUUCCCCUUACUCAUCUAUUUCUGUAGCUGUGCUGAGAGGAAGGGCACCUGCCGCUCCCUGAUGAUUCAGCCUUUCAGCUACUUGGAGAUCCACAGGCAAGACAGCAUGUCCGUCCUGCCAUUGCAGUGCUUUGCUGUGCUGUCCUCUGCCCUACAGCUACUGCAGCUGCAGCCUUCGUGUCACAUCAGCACUGCUUCUUCCGUACUCAGAAGGCUGUCUAUAUACAUCCCAGACUGUUAACAAGGUUCACUCUGAAGAACAUCUUAACCUUCCUCUGAAAUUCCAACUCUCAAUCCAAGGCCUCAAGAUGGAAACAUGCUUGUGGAGACUGGUGGCAGACAGCCACUGUGUGAUGCUCUGAGUUAAUAGCUGAGUUGUUGGAAAGGAUGACUGAGGGAAUGGACGACUUCUCUGCAGGGCCAGCUCCCCCAUCUGGAUCAACCUCCCCCAUCAGCUCUACUGUUGAUACUGGACAAGUCCCUAAGGAGAAACCAGAGGAGACAGAGACAGCUGGUGAGACUGGGGAGGAGAGCGCAGAGGGAACUGCAGAGGGAGGUGGUGGUGGCGAUCGGGAGCAUUUAGGAGCUUUGGGAAUUGUGGCCUUGCCAGGAACCUGCUGUGUGUGUAUGGAAAUGGAACAGAUUAACAAUUGCCUGCAUUCUGAGAAAAUCUGCAUUCUACCCAUCCUAGCCUGCUUGCUUAGCUUGGCCCUCUGCACAGCUGGACUCAAAUGGGUCUUUGUGGAUAAGAUCUUUGAAUAUGAACCACCCACACACUUAGAUCCUAAACGCAUUGGACAGGACCCAGUUAUCAUAUCAGUUGACCCCACAGUGGGAUUAACUGUGUUGAUUCCUCAUUCGCCUCCAUCUACAGUCUCCUUGACCACCACCAAUGCCAUUACUCCAGGCCAUCCUGACGUUUUAGUAGAAGACAAAUCUACAGGAAGGCCAUACGUGCCACAGUCUCCACAUGUGACUCAGUCUGACCCCUCUGUUACACUUAAAUACAACGCUAAACAUCCCACUAUCUCAAGGCAGACUCCCCACCCUCAGACAACACAGGACAUCAUCAUCUCAACAAUCUCUGCCACCAGCACCACUACCACCACCACAGGCAAGACCUCCAGUCAUGUGACACGCUGCAGUGACAGCCAGAGGAACUACUGUGUUAAUGGAGGGGAAUGCUUCACCCUUGAAAUCAUGCCAGGCAGCACAAAGUUUCUCUGCAGGUGCUUGGCAGGAUUCACUGGGCACCGAUGUGAACAAGCUGUGCUUAAGAAAGUCUCAGACCCAAAACAAGCUGAGGAGCUGUAUCAGAAACGUAUUUUAACAAUAACAGGAAUCUGCAUUGCACUCCUAGUCGUUGGAAUCAUGUGUGUGGUUGCCUACUGCAAAACAAAGAAGCAGAGGAAGAAGCUGCAUGACCGUCUGAGGCAGAGCCUGAGGAAUAAGAGGAGCAAUAAUACUAAUACUGGUAUUGGCCCCAACCUGGCAAGCUCAGCUAGAGGACGUCAGAUUUCUAAUUUGCUUCUUCAGGAUUUGCAGCUCAACAAUCAAUGUAAUGGGACAAUUAUGCAGGAUGCAGCUGAGAAGGAGACAGAAACAACUUUCUCCACAGCAAAAUAUGCCUUAUCUGCACAUGAACCCACCACAUUUACUCAUAUCUCCAGCCAAAGGUUUACAUCUUCCAUGGCAAUCCCGACCCUGCUAUCUCCGGUGUCCCAGACCUCUCUUGCAACAUCAGAGUCUGAUCCUACAGAGACGUCAGCCCCCCUGUCCAUGCUGGCCAUCUCUGUUCCCUCAGUGGUUUUAAGUCCCUUGGGUGAAGAGGAGCGCCCCCUGUUGUUGUCAAACACACAUCAGCCACACAAGUUGUCAAACCGAAAUGAACUGAAGAGGACUUCUGCUCACUACAACCAUGGCCAUGUGGUACAGAGCUCACCACCUAGCCUGCUGUUUACUAUGGAGAAUGGGAACUACCAAAUCAUAGAUGACCACAACACCACAACUGCCAGUUGUAUGUUCUCAGCAUCACCCGAGAAGCUACUUCAUGCAAACAAAAACAUCAAUGACUGUAAUACCAAAAGCAUAGGAGUCACCAAUGGCCAUUGGCCACUUAAUGUGGAGUUCAGUGGUGAUGGUAUGCUUGUGAGCGAUAUGAAGGAGCCUCAGGGGGAGCUCACGUCCUUUGCUACUACAGAUAGCACUACAGCCCUGUUGCUCAAGGCUAUAUACAGCAGCAGGACUAACCCAGCAUCACCAAAUGAUGACCUGCAAGUGAAGUCAUCCAAUUCCACCACCAAACAUGAUCCAGUCACUGUGUAAAGCGAAAAGAAAUUGCUCAAAACCCUUUAUGUUGAGGGAAAAAAGGAAUAGUCAUUAUUAAACCUUUAUUUUAUAUAAAUUAUUUGCUGUAUAAAUAAAGAAUGAAACUUUUAUUUUAGUGAUGUAUUAAAUAAAGAGUUUUAUAAAGUAGCGUACAAAUGUGUUCACGCGUUAGGUUAAGUGCCAUACACUAGUAUGUAGCGACAGUUCACAGUGCAUUUCAGUGCAGAAAAAAUAUCAAUGGUGCCUUUCUGUUUGAUAUGCUAAAAGGAACUGCAGCAUUGCAUACUGGACCAUAUAUUUAUCAUCUUAAUCUUCCAGUUAACAAUCAAAAAUGACUUGCUGGCUGCAAUGUGUUGCAGUGGGAAGAGACCACUGACACGAUAGUUUGAAAUUAAAUUGAUAUUUUCAAGGUGCAUGCCAUGUCCUUAAAUGCUGUGAUGGAAUUAUGAGCAGUGGUAUAUGUGGUUUCCUCUAAAUUCAUUUGACCUCACAAGUCAAACAAUGUGAUGUGCUGUGUGCUGAUUAUGGGCUGUCUCACUGAGAUUUUUUUUGUUCUAAAAUAUGGUAUAAAAUACAGAACACUUGGACUGAUGUUAAUGAAUAAUGAUUAAUCAGCUCAAUACCUGCAUUUUGUGACAGGUGGAAAAGAUGUUAGAGAUCACAAUGUUUUCAUUUGUCACUAAUCCAGUAUUUUGGUGAUAAGCUAAUAUUAUAAUUGUUAGAUAAAGGUGCAAUCAGUGAAUUCUGACUCUUCAGUUAAAUAUUACUAAUUAAAAUGUACAGGCUUGAACACAUACAUUUUAUUUUAUUUUAUUUUAUUAUUUUUUUUAAUUCUCCAUUUGGAUUUAAUUUGCAUAAUGUCAAAUAUCCUGACUUUAAGUUGUUGGGUUUUUUUUGUUUUGUUUUUUGAAAGUAAAGUUUCAUCUCUUUCUAUUCUGGCAGGUACCCACAUCUUCACUGAGUACAAAUUGACUCAGUUAAGGUGGUGCUACUGAAACAUAACACUCAAAGCUUUAAGACCAGCGAUUCUCUAUUUUUUUUUUAAAGAAAACAAUGUGAUUGUUUGUGCCCUCCAUCACAAUCAUCAUUGAUUGCAUCUUUAAACGCAAGACUAUCUACAAAGUGUGUACAGAAGUGAAUAUAUGCCUAAGCUUCAUGAAAACAUUCAUGUGUCUGAGAAAUGUAUUUUGGGGUUUAAGAAACUGCUGAAUAUAUACAUAUCUGCUGCUUUCAUUUAUUCAGUAAUAUCACUGGUAUUAUUUUUUUCAACAUGUUAAAAUUUAGCUUUUUUUUCCAAUUACCUUACCUUAUACAGUCUCACUGUGUGUGUUUAUGAUUCUUAACAUAAUUGUAGUUUAUGAUAGUCUGCCAAAGUCUGUCUUUACUUCUAGACUGUAGAAUAAACACAUUAUGACAAAAUA